CAUCUCUCGCCUUACCAUGUAAUCGACGAUUGCAAGCGGUAGAGGGACUCCUAUUUAUUGUAACUGCACCUUCCACUCCUUUCCUGAGUGCAGCCAUGGCGGAGCCAACCAAUCUGCAGCGCUUCUCCAGCUGCCGAGGGGUCUCUUUCGAGAUCAACCACCCACAAAGCGUCCUCUUCGACGUCCGAGUUCGGGCGGCAGGCGACAACUCCUGCGAGCGCGAGGUCUCGCUGAGCUCCUUCAAGGUCCAACCCUUCGCCACCGACUUACAGAAGUCCACGAGCCGUUCCAGUAGCCACUUCUGUGACCUUGAGGACGAGGACGACGAUGUCGAGAAGCAGCAGGCGUCCGGAGAACAAGUCCCCCAGCCUGCGGCCACGAGAAGCCCUUCGGUGAGGAGGAAGAGCGGCGAGUCGUCCCGCCUGUCGGUCAUACUGCUGGAUCAGGGUUUGUUCACUGUGUACAAGCGGCUGUUCGCCGUCUGCUUCACCGUCAACGUGGUCGCGCUCGUCCUUGCCGUCACUGGCCACUUCCCCUACGCCAAGAAGAGAGCGGCUUUCUUCUCCAUGGGCAACAUCUUGGCCCUGACGCUUUGCCGCAGCGAAGCCUUCCUCCGCGUCGUGUUCUGGCUCGCCGUUAAGGCGCUCGGGCGGCCUUGGGUGCCCCUGUUCGUCAAGACCGCCGCCACAUCCUUCCUCCAGUCCCUCGGCGGAAUCCACAGCAGCUGCGGCGUCUCCUCCGUCGCCUGGCUCAUCUACGCUCUCGUGCUCACGCUCCAGUCCCGGAAGGACACGUCCGACGAGAUCGUCGUCGUCGCCUCCGCGAUCCUCGCCUUACUCUGCCUCUCUUGCAUGGCCGCGUUCCCGCUCGUCCGACACCUCCACCACAACCUCUUCGAGCGGACGCAUCGGUUCGCCGGAUGGACGGCGCUCGCCCUUCUCUGGGCGUUCGUCGUCCUCACCGUCGGCUAUGAUCCGGCCACAAAAUCUUACGACAACCUCAGAGGCUCUAAGCUCAUCGAGCAGCAGGAGUUCUGGUUCACCUCGACCAUCACCUUCUUCAUCAUCCUCCCCUGGGUCACGGCAUCACGAGUUCCGGUCACAGUGACCGUGCCGUCCAGUCACGCCUCCAUCAUAAAGUUCGCCGGCGGGGUCGAAGCCGGUCUCCUGGGGCGGAUCAGCAGGUCGGCCUUGUCGGAUUGGCACGCUUUCGGGAUCAUAUCAGACGGCAAGGACGGCCACAUGAUGCUCGCCGGCGCGGUGGGCGACUUCACCGGAGGGCUCGUCUCGGACCCGCCGACCCACCUGUGGGUACGAGGGGUGCACUUCGCCGGCCUGCCGUACCUCGUGAACAUGUACAACCGGGUGGUACUGGUGGCCACUGGCUCCGGCAUCUGCGUCUUCCUUUCCUUCAUUUUGCAGCCCACAGCGGCGGAGGUCCGCCUGGUGUGGGUGACCAAAGGGGUGGAGCAAAACUUCGGGAGGGAGAUCAAGGAGAUGCUGAGCCGGCAGCCGAAGGAGAAGGUGGUGGUGCACGACACGGCGGUGUUGGGGCGGCCGAACGUGGCGCAAGUGGCGGUGGAGGCGGCGAGGGAUUGGGAGGCGGAGGUGGUGGUGGUGACGAGCAACCCUCAAGGCAGCAGGGACGUCAUCAGGGCAUGCAACAAAGCUGGAAUACCUGCGUUCGGCCCCAUUUGGGACUCGUAGGUCCCAUCUAACCUUGUGGUUGCCAGUAAUUAUUAGGUGAAGCUCGAGGCAGUAUCACAUCA